ACUGACUGCGGGCGCCUUCAACUGUCUGCUUUCGUCCCUGGAUGCUGUCAUUUGUCGGCGCCUCCCGCAGCGAAGCCUUCCUGUCUUGCCUUUUUUUUUUUUUUUUUUAUCGGCCUGGAAAGCAUCUCUCCCGCCGAGACCAGCCUCUCAUCCCCCGGCCGUGACGGUGGCCCCUCGCUGGGGAGUGGGGUGGUGGAAGAGCCCGCAGGCAAGGCGACGCGGUCCUUCCCUGGCUCCACUUUUACGUGGACUGCACACACGUGGAUCUCAUUUAAGGAGACUGCUGGGCACUGAAAUGUCUGAAAGGGACUGGAAAUGCAGCUCCACGUCUGUCUGUUGCUCCUGGUCGUCACAGCAGAUACAAGGUUGGCCUCAGGGCAGCAUCAAUGCGGUGGAAACAUCAUCUUGGACCAAAGCCCCGAAGGCCACGUCAAGUUCACCACACCAGAACUUCCCCUCAACGUCUCGCUGACCCAGCAGACUGACAGAACCCCACAGGCGGCCAUUUGCAGGGUGACUCUGGACGUCCCGCCCGGUCGGACGCUUCUCUUAAAGCCCGUGUGGACAGAAGUCGGGGCGAGUGUUUGGCUGCGGUGCUUGCGGAGAGAGGACGCUCGGGUUCUGGCGAGCGGCAAAACCGUCCAACUUUCCAACUGUGACCACGCCAACCUGACCUGGACAGGAAGUGGACGCUCCUCAGAGGCCCUCCAACUCUUCUAUUACGUUCAGGAAGAGCAGCCGAAUUCCACAGAGGCGUACUCCGGCCCGCAUUCCGAACCAGACCUCGCCGUUCCGUCUCAGGCGGGGUACGGCGACGCGAGAGCCACUUCUGACGCGGCGGGCGUGAAGGAGAAGGUCAGAGGUUCCCUCUACGGAGGGUCUGGUCCCAGCAGCGAUGGCGGAAGGAGGCUGCUGGGGUCCACCGCACCCAUUGACGGGCCUCGUCGUGGCUGGCGGCGCUGA